AUGGGACAGACUGCAACCUUACCCUGCAGAAAAGGUGGUACCUACGUCACCGAGCUUUAUGAAUGGUUCAGGAAAUUCCUGAAUGAGUGUCCCAGUGGACUGAUCACCCUCCAUGAGUUCCGACGUCAUUUCUGCAAUGGAACCGUGGGAAAAGAGUCAGCGGAGUAUGCAGAGCAGAUAUUCCGCACACUAGAUAACAAUGGGGAUGGAGUUGUGGACUUCAGAGAAUAUGUGACGGCUAUCAGCAUGUUGAUCGAGGGCACAACGGUGGAGAAAUUGCGCUGGUCCUUCAAACUCUACGACAAAGAUAAAGAUGGAGCCAUCACACGGUCAGAAAUGCUUGAAAUCAUGCAAGCUGUGUACAAGAUGAGCGUCGCAGCAUCACUGACCAAACCUAACCCGCUCACAGCAGAAGAGUGCACCAAUAGGAUAUUUGUACGGCUGGACAAAGAUAACAAUGCCAUAAUCAGCCAAGAUGAAUUCAUUGAAGGUGCACUGAAUGACGAAUGGAUCCGAGAGAUGUUGGAGUGUGAUCCAAGCAUAGUGAAGAUGGAGAGGCCUCUCAAAGGCCACACUGUAUAAAACUGUUGGACUUUUAAUAUUAAGUUCACCCAAAAAUGAAAAUUCUGUCAGUUAUUACUCACCCUCAUGUUCCAACCUCGUAAGACUUUCGUUCA